AUGUCCACAACAACAGGAGCAUUCAUCGCUGGAGGUGUUGCAGCAUGCGGAGCAGUGACGGUCACUCAUAGCUUUGAGACGGUGAAGAUUCGUCUGCAACUGCAGGGUGAACUGCAGGCCAAGCAGGACGCUGCCAAGAAAUACCGGGGUGUCUUGCACGGUGUGAAGGUUAUUCUACAAAACGAGGGUCCCCGCGGUCUUUUCCGGGGAAUAGGAUCGGCUUAUAUCUACCAAGUCCUGCUCAACGGUUGCCGUCUGGGUUUCUACGAACCGCUGCGCAAGGGUCUGGCAACCACGAUAUACCAGGAUGCUCAAGUUCAGUCUCUGGGUGUUAAUGUCGUCGCCGGUGCUGCGUCUGGUAUCAUCGGAGCUGCUGCGGGUUCGCCCUUUUUCCUGGUCAAGACUCGCCUGCAGUCGUUUUCCCCGUUCCUUCCCGUCGGCACCCAGCACAACUAUAAGAACUCGUUUGAUGGACUGCGGAAGAUCCACUCGACGGAGGGAGUUUCUGGCUUAUACCGUGGAGUUGGCGCGGCGAUGGUACGGACUGGCUUUGGUAGUUCCGUUCAGCUGCCUACCUAUUUCUUCGCCAAGCGCCGCCUGAUGAAGCACCUGGGCAUGGAAGAUGGUCCAGGUCUGCACCUGGCCAGUAGCACGGCAUCUGGCUUUGUCGUCUGCUGUGUUAUGCACCCGCCUGACACCAUUAUGUCCAGAAUGUACAACCAAACGGGCAACCUCUACAAGGGCGUGUUCGAUUGCUUGUUCAAGACCAUAAAAACGGAGGGUGUGUUGGCGAUUUACAAGGGGUACUUUGCCCAUCUUGCGCGUAUUCUGCCUCACACGAUCUUGACCCUCAGCUUGGCUGAGCAGACCAACAAAGUCAUGCGCAGACUGGAGGAUCGGUUCCUGUCUGACUCGUUGAAGGAGAACUUGUAG